AUGGUCUCUUCGACGCAUCCACCCACCUCGCCGAUCUCUUCAGAAGGACCCAUUAUGUUUCUGUCUCCGGAUCGCGACCUGUCGCCCGGAUCGCCCGAUCUCGGAGGACACACCCCAGCGGUCCCCGAUCGGCCUGGGUCUCCGCGCCAUCUAGAUCAUCCCGGAUCGCAGAUCCCUCGUCUGCAGGACAAGUUCAAACCUGCUCCAUCGUCUUAG